AUGGGCUGUACGAGCUCUAAGCAUGAAUUAUCACAAGAAGAUUUACAAUUUUUAAAAAGUCAUACAACAUAUUCAGAGAAAAAAAUAAAAAAUUGGUACAAAGGUUUUAUGGCCGAUUGUCCAAACGGUGAAUUAACACGUGAGUCAUUUAUUCAAAUUUAUAAACAAUUUUUUCCUAAAGGACGUGCGGAACAUUUUUGUGAGCAUGUCUUUCGUGCAUUUGACUCCGAUAAUAGUGGAAAAAUUGAUUUUAAAGAAUUUUUACAAGCAAUUAAUAUAACAUCUCAAGGAACACCUGAUAAAAAAUUAGACAUGGCUUUUCGUAUGUAUGAUUGUAACGGUGAUGGUUCAAUAGAUGAAACUGAAAUGCGACGAAUUAUUAGUGCUAUUUAUGAAUUGAUAUCUGAUGAAUACGAUCAACGAGAACGGCAAAUUGAAGCUGAUGAACGUGCAAUGAAUAUAUUUCGUAUGAUGGAUAAAAAUUCAGAUGGAAUUUUAACACGAGAAGAAUUUGUUGAUGGUUGUUUAAAUGAUGAACAACUUUAUCAAUUAUUAACUCAAUCGAAUCGUUUUGGUGAUAAUCGUGAAUCACAAUCAUCACUUGACGAUUAA